UAGGUGCACCAUCCAAAUGAGAUGGCCCCAUCCAACGAGACGGCAACUUAUUGAUGCCAGUAUAUGCCAGUCGUGCCCAACCUAGGGAUGACAUUUUCACGAGGUAGCUCGUGGAUUUGUGGCCUCAACGCGAGACAUUCCAACCGCAUUUUCCUUUGUAUAAGUACAGUCGGGUUGGAACAGGGGAUGGCAGGUUGUAACUUUUCAGCUUGAGCCUUGAUCAGCAUGGAGAGAUAACCAACUACAAGGCCAACUGCAUCAAACUUGAGAUUGCUUGGCACGAUAGUCCAAGUCCAUGGCGUUCUCCCUUGAUCUCCCUUGGAUGGCCCAUGUGGCACAUGUUUCGCUGUGCAGCUGUGCGCCUUCUUCCACCGUUUCACACCGUCUCAAGCAACCGCUCUCCACUAGGAACGCCACCUGGCGCUGCUUCCCGCGGCGACCCCUGACGGGAGAAUGGCGGAUCUUCCUCUCCUCGGGGGCUGUGCGAGGCAUCCUCAUCAGCGGGCCGCCCAACAUGGUGGCGGGCCUGGGAGGGAACGGCACAUGGCUUCCAGCCGUCCCGCUGCUCAGCUGAUGAGAUGAUGCUUUGGCAUGUGGAAGGGUUUUGGAAAAUACCUGCGUUCCCAAAGGCGGCCAGGGGGUUGGAGAUAAUGCGAAUUCCCGUGCAAGUUCCCAGACGGUACACCUCAAUAGAGAAAAGAUGACAGACACAUGGACCCUGAAGAGAUGGAGAUUUAUUUCCUGUAUUGUGUUUUUGGGCUUCGUGAGUUUGCUCUCAGAUUGAAACAUAUAUUGAAACUCCAGCCCGGAAUUCCUCAGGAAUCUCCAGGAUGUUUCCGCCCUUGUCUUGGGGCAUUGCUUGGCCCAUCAGCAUUUUGGUGGCUCAGAAGUAGAGAGACUUUCCUUGUGCUCGCUUUUCCCAUGGCCUUCAGGACACUGAUCGUGUUUCUGGCCACCUUUGGCUUGGUGGACGCCCGUCACUGCCUUUACGACAACAAACCAUCACUCCAGGCCUGCGGCCGUCCCUGCGCCAGCCGCCCAGACCGCGGCAGCUGUGUCUCAGGGUGCUUAACUGGACGAGGCGUCAGUCGCAGCUGUGCCCAAUGCUUGGGGAGCGGUUUUGACUGCGCGAUGCGAGUGUGCCGCCGCCAGUGCGGCCAGGGCUUCACCACCCCUACGUGCACCACCUGUGUGCGCGGGAGCUGUUCUCGCUCCUUGUGCGCACACGCGGGCAAGUCAGCAGAGGACUUUGAUGAGGACGUGUCAGAGGUCUUGGCUGAAGUCGCCUUUCCAUUGAAGGAAGAGUUGACAGCUUUGACAUCCAAUGAAACCGCCAAGACGGAGCCCCACAGCUCUGAGCCGCAAGAGCGCUCCGGAGGCUGCUGGGAAGACCAAUCAGCUUUAAAGAGCUGUGGCACACAGUGCUACACCCAACCCAACCGCAAACGGUGUGCCACACAAUGCCUGAGGGGAAGGGGGAUGAGCUACAAUUGUGCUGUUUGCUUCGGUGAUAAGGUGGACUGCACCAUUAAGAAGUGCUUGUCCAAAUGCGCAGCAAAUGCCCAGUCCUACGAAUGCAAAAGCUGUGUCCGCUCCAAGUGCGGCCGCUGCAAUUCCCAGAAGUCCUUUCCCUUGGAGGACGAGCCCUUCUUCCAGGCACUGUUGGAGAUGGUCCCCAAUCAGGCCAACGUGACCCAUGAGGCUUCAAACAAGGAGAUUUUCCCUUGAGGUGGAGGCAGCGUACAGAUCGUCGCCCCCGUGGCAGGGCCUGGCCUUGCUUUGCCCGGUAAAUUCGAUGAAGGGUGGGACGAAGACACCACCCAUUCCUUUCCUGCACAUCGGUGAAACGGCCGAUGAAACCCCCUCAGGCGCUUCCCGCCUGAAGGGGCUUCUUGGAGCUGCGGUUUACGCGGUGGCGAGCGUGUGCACCCUCGCGCAUGUUUUCUUUUGGUUUAGGUUAGGUAUAGAUUCCGCAGCAGAGGUUGCGGAGGUUUUGGUCGAAUUCGAUCCGUUUCAGUUGCCUGGCACAGUUCCGCCACUGCAUCCACUGCAUCCGGAAGAGGAAAA